AUGGGGAAGAAGAGAGAGGCCAGGAAGAAGUUUGAGGUGCCACGGGAGGCAAAAGAGAAAGCGGAGUGUCUAAUGGCGAUGCAGAUGUUCCGCCAUUGCUCCGAGCUAGAGAUUUACCAAGCACUCGUGGAAUGCGAGAUGGACUUCGACGGCGCCAUGCGGAGACUCUCUAAUCAAGAGAAAGAGAAAACCAGAGCAGGGGUACCGGCAGAGUGGAAGGAGCAAGUCGAGCGUAUAAAGGAGAUUGUGAAGGAGAUGGAGCCCAAAUUCACCGAAGAAGAGAUCUACGAAACGCUCAAGCGAUGCAACAUGGACCCCGACCUUGCCACUCAGAGACUCGCAAACUUUCUAGUUCUUCAGAGGGUCGAUGCGCAAGAAUCUAAGUCACAACACGGAGUUAGCAGCAGCAGCAGCAGCAGUGUUGUAAAACAAGGGGGAAGUCGUGAUGAUGAUGUUGGAAGAACAGAUACAACUCAUGAUGAUACAGUCCAGGGUAUUCAGGGGAAUUCACCAAGAUUUUCCAUUCAAUCUAUCGGAAAUGAUUCACCUGACCUUCCCUUCUCAGCAUUCGAUCACAUGACAUACGGUUCAAUGGAGCAUCCAGCAAUGAUGUCAAUGAAUGCACCACCUCUUACACCAAGUGCUUCCAUCCAUCAAUCACCACAGACCCUGCUUCAAGACACUAAUUUGUCCGCUGGCCAUGGAUUUACACAUCCCUACAUAGAACCAAGCUACUAUCAGCCUCAGCUGCCCCUGCAACAUGGUUACAUGAAUGGUGAUGGGCAUGUGCAUCAGAACUUCGGAUAUGAUUUGACAUCUCCUCAACAAGAGGUAUACCAAGGUGGCAGCUCGUCUUGGGCCAAUGCCGAUCCUUCUAGUUGGGGAAGCUUUCUGGACAGAGGAAGUAUCCCUCACCAAUUUCUGCCUAAUUCACCUGCCCCCUCUGAUAGUUCCGGAACCCAGCUCAACUCUACAUUGCAUGUUCAGGCUCAGCACCAGCAUAGAAAUGAUUAUUGGCCUGACGGAACGAAGUAUAACUUCGCUGUGCUGAAAAAUCAGCUUAAUCCAGGAGCAAUGUCUGCACACCCCGAACAACAACAGAGUGGUUUCCCCGAACAGGUGCCUCUACCUUCUGAUGGUAAUAACCAGCACCAUGAUAUGCCAUCGGCUCAACAAGAAAUGCAUCAAGGUGGCUGCUCAUCUUGGGCCAAUGGCAAUGCUUCUGGCUGGGGAAGCAUUCAGGGCACAGGAAAUACAUCUUAUCAAUCUCCGCCAAUUCCACCUUAUUCACCUUCUCCUUUUAAUAUUUCCCGGACCAGCAAUGACCCCACAUUGCAAGCUCAAGACCAGUAUAGAAAUGAUCAUCACUUCUUAAAAUUUCCUGGACUGGCUUCGACUCCAGGUGGUAGCUUCCCGGGUGGGGUGCCUCUGCCUGCUAAUGCUAGGAAUCAGCACGCUGGUGAAGGGUCAUCCCCGCAAUAUGAUCAUCAAGGCUACCCGAGCUGGCACCAUCCUGGAACGAGGGUCAGCCCAAACCAUUUGCAGCAAAGCCCAUAUAAUACAGGCACAGGCGAUUCGCAGGACUUAUCAACCAUGCAACCACCUUGAGAUCCGGGACCUUAACGCUGAUCACCGGUUGUUAUUCUGCAUCUAUUGGGAGGGCUUUUUGCGUAUAAUUUGAUAUAGGAUCAUUAGGGCGUGGCAGUAACAAUUGGGAUGACAUGUUAGCGCUUGCUUACUCAUUUUUACGCACUUCAAUACCUCCUUUGAUUGGAAAGAAUGUACAGGUUCUUGCUUGUCCAUUUGUACAUACUCUAGUUUUUUUGGAGCUAGAAUCCAACUGUGCAUGUACUUCAAUGGCUCAA